GUUGAUAUUAGAUUAGACCGAAAACCUCGAUUCACUAGCAACGGGCUUGUGAAGUACUUACUAUCAGAAAACAUUAGUGUUUGUUUUGAAGUGGUGUGAGUGCUAAUAAGAAGAAUCUAAGUAAUUUAGUGUAUAUUUUUAAGUAAUGCCUAGUAAGAAGAAAAAAUAUAAUGCGAGAUUUCCUGCUGUGAGUAGUUGUCAGAUGAAUCAGUUUACUUAUUCAUUGCAUAAAUUUAAAACUAGUUUUGUGCAGGGGAGGAUAAAGAAGAUUAUGCAGACAGAUGAAGAAGUUGGAAAAGUAGCUCAAGCUGUACCUGUCAUUAUUUCUCGCACUUUAGAGCUUUUUGUUGAGUCUUUAAUUACAAAGACUAUGGAGAUCACAACAAUGAAGAAUGCUCGAACGCUGAGCCCACAUCACAUGAAGCAAUGCAUUUUAUCAGAAAAUCGAUUUGAUUUCUUGAGAGAUCUUGUUAAAAGUGUGCCAGAAGUAUCUGUUUCAGAUGAUGACUUAGGGUCAUUUUCUGACAAUUCUUCUUCAGUUCAUCCUGCUGCAAGAAGAAGUUCACGAGAAGAUUCUGAAAUGGUUCAAGAUGACAGUCCUCCACCAGCAGAUAGUUCAAAUUUUAAAGAGGAAGACAAACCAUCUGACGAUGACCAACAUAAUUCUGAUACAGUUGAUGAAUGGUCGUUGCAGAUUGACGAGUCUGAACCAAAACCUGAAGAAUCUCUUCCUUCAAACAGCAUUAUUCCAACACUUUCUAAAAAUGAUUCUGAUUCUGAAGAAAAUCAAUGAUACAAAGUUCAUAUCACAUUCUUUAUGUGGUGCUAUUUAUUUUAAAAAGUAAAUAAAUGUACAUUUUUUUAAUUUUGAUAUUUAUUAAAAUUUAAGGUAUUUGUAUACUUUAUUUGUAUUAUAUGAAAUAUAUUGAAAAAAUAAAAAUUGGCACUGUAUAAUUGCUAGAAAUCAUUCCAGAUUGUUCUAUAUCAAUGUACGAAGAGGAAAAUUCAACAAAUUGAGUAUUUUUCCUAAUUACAUUCGCUAACAUCAAUAGAUUGAGAAAUGAUACCAUUGUAUUAAAACAGUGAAUAUGUAAUAUUCAUAUUUGUACAUUCUCCCUGUAGACCACCUGAAAAAUCACUCAAAAUAUGCUCUCUUGAUAAAGUAGUGAAUUGUUGGAUUUGUCCUUUUUAGAAAAUAUCAAUGAUAUAUAAUUUUAACUGAUAAAACAAUUUUUUUUAAUUAUAAAAUUAAUUCUGUUGCACUUCCAUAUACUUUUCCAAAGUAUAUAUAUAUAUAAACACACUCACACACACACACACAUAUAUGUAAGGCUAUUUAUUUAUUUUAUUGCAAAAGAAUUGCAUGUUAUUGUAAAUAUACUUAUUUUAUGAAAUUUUUAUUUAAUUACUUGUACUAGUAUUUGUCAAUUAAAUAAAUCCUUAUUUGUAUGCAGAUGCCAUGAUUCUAAAUUGUGAUGGAUCAAAGCAAUUUGAUCAGCUGCAAUCUGUCAAGAGCUGUGAUUAUAUGCUCUUUGUGUAUAAGUCUUGUGGUCAUACAUUGCACCAGACUUUUCCUUCGAGUUGGGAAGUCACCAUAAUUUCUGUGUGUAUAUUUAGUUUUUUUAAACUAUGUAUAUUUGUUUAUCAAAAUUUUACAAACUGUAAAAAAUUUUGUAUAAACAAAUAGUGUUUAUAUUGAAAUUUGGAAAUAACAUUCACCGGUUUAUUUUCAUCUGAUUGUAAUUUAAUUUGUAAUAAAGUUAAGUCUUCAGC